UCCUCCCACGCUCUGAUGAGUAGAGAGAGAGAAAGGGAGAGAGGGAGAGGAGGGGAGCAACUAACCUACCCACAGUAUCUCACCACUUGCUCUCUGGAAAUGCUUCAGAUGGGCUUCUCUGUUAGAACCGGUUAGCUAUUUCGUUGUUGUUUUUUUUACGUUGCAAGAAUGGCAUUCGUGUUGCCGUCGUUUGGACUCCCGGUGCGUCCUUAGAGUGCGCUCCAGGCUACUUAGAAUCAGGGGAAGCGCUCGAGAAACUUGGACCGAAGGGAUGCGCCAGCGAGUGCAUAUCUUGGCAGGGAUCAGUUAUUGAGGAUCGGAAAUGGCACACAGUAGGCUUUCCCCCACGGAAUGAGACCCCUUGUUUCGCAGCUCUAUCAUAAAAUAACCGAACCACAAAACAGCACCUAACUUCUCAUAUUUUCCACGGACAUUAAAAAAAAAAAAAGAAAUAAAAAGAUCUUCUCAUCCGGCGCCGGACGACGGUGGACACAGCAUCCCGAAUACAUUCUGAUGCGGAAAGUUGUUGAUGCUGUGAAUGGAUUGUGUGGUCGUUGAAGUUAUUUUGGUGUGAGCAGCAGUGUGACGGAGGUUUGAGGGUGAGACACCUGCCUCUGGGAUCACCGGUGGACACAUCAGCUGCGGACGGACUGGCUGUACGCUACAAGCGCUCAUAGAGAAGUCUCUGGCUCAGGCAGAUCUUCUGAUGACCUAAUGGAACAUAAUUUACAGUUACUGCUGUUUUGGGUCCUGGUGCUGCAUUAUGGUUCUGCUGAAGGCAGUAUCCUGUAUCGGGUCCAGGAGGAGCAGCCUCCCAACACUCUUAUUGGUAGCCUGGCAGCAGACCAGGGCCUGCCAGACUCGGGUCAUCUCUACAAGCUGGAGGUUGGUGCCCCUUACCUUCGCGUCGAUGGAAAGACGGGCGACAUUUUCACCACAGAGAUUCCCAUAGACAGAGAGACCCUGAGGGACUGUCGAUCCCUGGCUAAGGGUAAGCCCUGCUACCUGGAAUUUGAAGUAUCAGUGACAGAUCUGAUACAAAACCAGAGCCCACGACUGAUUGAAGGACGCAUAGAGGUACAGGACAUCAAUGACAACACUCCACAAUUUCCCUCUUCUGUGCUCACCAUCUCUGUCCCCGAGAACACCAUCAUGGGGGCAUUAUUCUCCAUACCUCUAGCUACAGACAGGGACUCAGAUAGGAAUGGGGUGGCGGAUUAUGCUCUGACUGCAGGGCCAGACGCCGCAACCCUAUUUGGUUUACAGGUGGCUGACGACAGGGGCGGGAAGCUCCCACAGCUCAUUGUCCUGGGCAACCUGGAUCGUGAGUUAAAGGAUUCCUAUGACCUCACCAUCAAGGCAGUGGAUGGAGGAAACCCUCAGCGCUACAGCAGUGCUUUGCUGAGAGUGGUAGUCACUGACGCCAAUGAUAACUCUCCCAAGUUUGAAAAGUCCACGUAUGAGGCAGAAGUGUCAGAGAACAGCCCAGUGGGUCACUCUGUGUUGCAGGUCAAAGCAAAUGACUCUGACAUGGGCCCUAAUGGAGAAAUUGAGUACACCCUUCACCAAGCAGUAGACCCAGUGCCGAAACUGUUACGAAUUGAUCGGUCCACUGGCAUUAUCUAUGUCAAAGGACCACUGGACAGAGAGGAAAUCAGCAGCUUGUCCUUCUAUGUGGUGGCGAGGGAUAAGGGUCCUCAACCUAAAAGCUCUAAGACAUUUGUAACUAUUGAGGUGACUGACCAAAAUGACAAUGCUCCUGCUGUGGAGAUUCGUGGGAUUGGCCUUGUGACACACAGUGAAGGAGUGGCUAACAUUUCAGAGGACAUGCCAGUGGGAACAGCUGUUGCUCUGGUCCAAGUGUCUGACAAGGAUGAAGGAGAGAAUGCUGUGGUUACUUGUGUGGUUGCAGGAGACGUACCCUUCCAGCUUCGCCCUGCCAGCGACUCAUCCAGUGACAACAAGAGGAAGUAUUUCCUACAGACCACCACUCCUCUCGACUACGAAAGAGUUAGGGAUUACAGAGUAGAGAUUGUGGCUGUGGAUUCUGGAAAUCCAGCACUCUCUAGUACAAACUCUUUGAAGGUGCAGGUGACUGAUGUGAAUGAUAACUCCCCAAUAUUCUCCCCAACCUUGUUUGAGGUAGAUUUUGCUGAAGAAAACCAACCAGGGGAGAAGGUUUUGGAUGUUACAGCUUCAGAUGCUGACAGUGGCACUAAUGCAGAACUUCUCUAUAAUAUUGUUGCAGACUCAUCCAUCAAAGGUCUGUUUGAGAUUGACCCAAAUACGGGUGAAGUAAGAGCCCGAAGCCCACUUGACCGAGAGCAUAAAGAACGCUAUGAGUUCCGGGUCACCGCAGCAGAUAAAGGGUCACCUGUACAUAAAGGAACAGCAACUGUCGUCAUAAAAGUCCUUGACCGCAAUGACAAUGACCCCAAGUUCAUGCUUAGUGGCUACAGCUUUUCGGUUUUGGAAAACAUGCCUCCCCUCAGUCCAGUUGGCAUGGUGACAGUCCUGGAUGUGGACAAAGGUGAGAACGCUCGUGUUCACCUCUCCGUAGAGCCUGAUGGAGGGAAGUUUGUCGUUCAAAAUGGAACUGGCACCAUUCUUUCAAGCAUCUCAUUUGACAGGGAGAAAGAAAGCAGCUACACUUUCCGUCUGAAAGCAGUGGAUGGAGGAGAGCCACCCAGGUCUUCAUAUGUUGGCGUUACCAUCAACGUACUGGAUGAAAAUGACAAUGACCCUGUUGUCACCAAGCCCUCCAAUUCCUCCUUCAGACGACUGUCACCUCUAGCUUCCCCAGAUAGCCAUGUUGAGGUAGUGGAAGCUGAAGACCUGGAUAGUGGGCCUAAUGCAGAGCUGGUCUUCAGUAUUGCUGGUGGAAAUCCUUACCAGUUAUUUCGCAUCUCCCCCUCCAGUGGGGAGAUCACUCUAGCAAAAGAGAUGACCCGGAAACACGGUGGGCUACAUCGCCUAGUGGUGCGAGUGAGUGACAGGGGGAAGCCUGCACGUCAUGCCACUGCCCUGGUCCACAUCUAUGUCAAUGAAACCAUUUCAAAUGUCAGCUUAGUGGAGGCCCUAGUUGGACACAGUCUUUACACUCCACUGGACAGGGACAUUGCUGGUGAUCCUGACAAUGGUUUUGCUGCACAGCGUAGUAAUAUUUUGUUUGGAAGUCUUGCUGGUGUGGCGGGUGUUGUCAUGUUGAUCUUGGUGGUGGUAUUUAUUCGCCACCGCAUCCAGAGAGAGACUAAGAGUGGGUAUCAGGCUGGCAAGAAGGAAACAAAAGACUUAUACGCUCCGAAACAGGUGCCAAAGAAUGCCAAAGGCAAACGAGGAAGGAAAGGAAAACCUCAGAAGUCCCCAAAACCACCUCGGGAAGAUGAGGAGGUCAGCCUUCAAAAGGGUCUCAAGUUCAACCUUGAUGGAGUCAAUGAUAGCCCCAGGAUACACCUGCCCUUAACAUAUUCACCAGGAAGCCCUGAUAUAGGCAGGCACUACCGCUCCAAUUCCCCCUUACCCUCCAUCCAGCUGCAGGCCCAAUCCCCCUCAGCCUCACAGAAGCAUCAGGCUGUCCAGGACCUUCCUGCCGCCAACACCUUUGUAGGAACAGGAGGAGAUGACAACUCUACCGGCUCAGACCAGUAUUCAGAUUACAGCUACAAGACAAACCAACCGAAGUACAACAACAAACAGCAUCCCCAUCGGCGAGUGACCUUCUCCACCGCCAACCCUGUGCAGGACCUGCAGGAUGCCUCUCAGCACAGCUACUAUGACAGCGGCUUGGAGGAAUCAGAGACUCCCAGCAGCAAGUCAUCGUCUGGUCCUCGCAUCGGACCCCUGACCCUGCCUGAGGACCACUAUGAGAGAACCACUCCAGAUGGCAGCAUUGGAGAGACCGAGCACCCUGAAAAUGAUAUCCGCUCCCUCCCCGAUGUGGCAAUGACCGGAAACUGUACAACCGAGUGCAGCGAAUUGGGCCACUCAGACGCCUGCUGGAUGCCCGGGCAUCCCUCCCCUGUACGCAAGACCAGGAACCCCCCGAAACUCUCCACCUUCGUGCCUUACCAGGAGAGAGGGAGCCUGGGACGCCUGGCAAAUGGGAGCGCCAGGCUUGGUAGCGAGGAACACCGGUCGCGCCUUCCGCCCUCUCGCAGUGCCUAUUCCAACAGUGGUCACGACGCCAGUCAGGACUGCCCCUUAGAGGAGAUGCCCCUGAGCGUAGCCUCUGAGUUCCCACCCACCUCCCCUUCUGCCCACACUCCAAAAAGAGAAAUUUACCUGUGAGGAAUAUCAUCAUCCGAUUGGUGCACAAGUGAAGGAAACAUACACCCACUUCAGAUGGAGAAACAGGCUGUCCACACGCUAAAGCCAAUGCCCGUUUUGUAGUUAACAAUAGGCUGUGACUCAUUCAAUCACUGGCAUGAACACUUGUUUUUUGUCAUUUCCUCCUUAAAUUAUUAAUUUAUUAGCAUAUUUAUUAAGAAUUCCACAAAGUUAAUUGAUGCACUCAUUUAUUUAUACAAAAUCUUGAAGGAUACAAUUCAAACUGAUCAAAAGGAAAUACAGAUGGUAAUUGCUACUUUAGUGGUAACUAAUUAUUGUUGUAGUUAGCCAAGUCCCAUUCUGUGAAGUGAUCUCUUGAAUUUAAAAAUUGUGAUCAGUGCUCUUGUGCCAUUAUUAGAUUAUAAUUUAAUAGACAGCCAGUCAGGCCCUAUCAGAAGGCAUAACACUUUUGACUAACCAUCAAAUGGAAUGCUCUAUCUUAAUGUACAGUGCUGUAAAUACAUUUGAAUGGUGUGUUCUACAUAUAUUUUUGUCUGGCAUAAGCUGAAAAAAAAAAAAAAAAUUGCCUCAGAAUUUUAGCAUAUUUAAGCUUUUUUUGGCUGCUGCUGUUUAGACUUGAUUGAAACCAUCUCCAGAAGUGGAGCUCGAUAUUGUGGUAGGCAUUUAUCCGCUCCACACAAUCACACACACCUUCGACCCCUAAUCAUAGUAGAAUGGCCUUUACCUCUGCUCCCUGUAGAGCUCUGCCACUGGUGGAGAAAGCUGCGUGGCAACAUUUCAACUGACAUUAUGUUCCACUGACUCUCAGCACUGUGACCUAUCGUUCAUCAUGAAAACGGUUGACUUGGCCACAGUACCCCCGGAGUCACAAUGACCAAAUGCAGAGCACUCACUAGACACAUUCUGAUUGGCUUUUUAUAUCAAACCUUGUGACUCACUCUUGAUGAUGAAAUCGUACCAGUGUAUCAGUUUAAAGAGCUCUUCUCUAUCCCUGACAAUCAGACAGGCUCUGUGUGUAACUCACAAUCCUUUCCCCUAAAGCUCAUAGUCCUUUCCCCUCACGAACCAUCAGAACUUUUGUCGAUCUAAUGAACGGAAUUAUUUAAACAAAAGGGCACUUGAGUAUGGAGAGCCACUGGAGAGACUUAUGGAAGUUGAUAGUCAUGCUGAUGUACUAUAUGAGAGCUCGACGUUGAGAGUACUUCCUUUUUUUUUUUUAAAUAUACUUCUUCAGAAGUGAAUUGAAUACACAGUGCACCCACUGAAAUAAAAAAAAUCUCAAAUUGUCUAUAACAUGAGAGAUUUCAAAAUAAAUAUUUGAUUUCAUGUCAGAAAUUAAUGUAUGCAAUUGCAUAUAUUAUAUAUUGUUGAGCUUAAACAUGUUAAGGUAGUAGCAGUCGGUCUCAGUUUACUGCUACUUCUGUUAAUUACAAUUUUCCUUGUAUUGAGGACAACAUGCUUAAUAAAUUAUUAGGCAUUUUCCUUCCUCUGGCUAUUGAACAGAGAAUAAAAAAUAGGGCAUGCCCGUGGGCUUCAUUUAUCUUUACAAAGAUUUUCCAAGUGAAUCUGAAGGAUAUGUCUGAAGGACACUAUGUAUUAGUCAGUAAUUGGAUGUUAAUGAUGACAACACUAGCCUGCCUUACAACAUCACAGAGCAAGCCGGUGUCUUUGAUUUGAACAUUGAUUUGAUUAGAUUUGUAGAUACCUUUCACCUCUGCAGAGUAUUUCCAUAGUGAGAUUGUGUCUCUGAGUAAGGGUGGAAGAGCCUAGAAUGGACGUUUCCUAAUUAGGGUGAGUAAUGAGUCCUGAGCUAGGGCAUGUGUGAGCACACCCCCAGGACAAGGCACCCACCAGAUAAUGCAAAUCCACCCGCAGAGCUACAAUCAGUUAAAAGGGGUAUUUUUAUCAGCACUUACCUCAUCGUGCUGCCAUUGAAAACUGCGUUAAGAAUAAUUAAACUGGAAACAUAUGGAAAUUACUGGACAUGGCCAUGAUUAAAUAAGGUGGGCGAUUAUCCUGCCUUGAGGGGGAGAAAGCACAUUAUGCCGUUUUCAAAGCCAUUUAGCGACUGAAAUAAAAUUCAAACAACAGCCAUGAUACACUGUGAUUAAACCCCCACGGCUCCCCCAAGCACCCCUCUCAGAGCUGUGGAUAGCCGCUUCACGAACUCAAAGCAGCGGGUAAGAUCACUGACCUGGAAUUAAUGACAAGUGAGAAAGAUAGCAACGAGUGAUAAAAACCAGUGUCACAUAGCCUCAAUCACAACUUUAUCUAUUUAAAUGCUUUGACUCAAUUCAGAUUCACGACUGCUUUGCAUCAAAAUUUAUCUCUAGGGUUAAAUCUUAACCUGAUUCCAGCCUGAAUGCGAUUAUCGCUUUAGUGAAUCUGGAAUGUAUCUUCAGAUCUAUCUCUUUGAUCACCAAUACAUGAAAUAAAUGGAGUACCUCCGAAUGGAAUGACAGGAGUUUGAUUCAAGUCCUCUGCAAAAUAGAAACAAACCUGGGCCUAUUCCCCCUCCCCCUAAUCUCUUAAUGAGUCGGACUCCAGCCGAUAAUGACCUCCUGCUACUCACCCCUGGAACAAUAUAUCACCAGGUUUGACCUUUCUUUUGAACUCAUGCUGAAUGAACUGUGUUUACUUCUCUCUCAAACACAGAAUGGUUCUCCUUGAUCAAAGUGGGAGGACAUCAUGAAGCACCUAAAUACACUCAAAAGUAUGUUGAAUAAUGUUUAAUUUGUACUUAACAUUGAUUUAAUGUUGGAUUCACUUGAGUAUCUUUUGCCUCUCUGUAGUGUGUAUUGUAUGGUGAACAUUUCUGUGGACAGAUGGACAAAUUAACGUACUGAAAUUGGCAAAAGGAUUUCUUUUUCUUCAAAGACUCUUAGCAAACUGGUUGUGUGAAAAAAUAAGGAAAUCAGUUGGUGGUGUAGUGUACAUAGAUCUCCACAACCCUGAAUCUGCUGUCAAGCGGGCAAUGAUUUUAGCAUGAAUUCCAAAGAUAAUUGGUAGAAUCUGUUUACUCUUUUUUUUUUUUAAAUUUUACUUUCUGAAAUGUCAGUGCUGGUUCAUAUUCAAAAGGCCCUCUCCCAAACGAACUGAAAUUAACUGAACGUUUCAUCUUUUUCACAGUUCAUCUACAACAAAGACAAUUGCCUUGAAAAUGUCUUUGCAAGAGAGAAUCUAGUUGUUAUCCUAAUUGUUGGUAUAUUUAUAUGGGAUAAAAUGCUUGUGAUGCCAUGUUUUUGUACAGUUUUAUGUACAUACAAGUGAAGCUUUCUAAAAGUUCUGAGAAAAGCCGAUGGCAUAUAAAAAUUGUAACAUGUUUUCUUGAGAUGUGCACAUCUUGCCUUGGUUGGAUUGACCUUUGCUGAGUCAGUGUGAAUGUGGCCGUUCUAUGCCUGCACUGUAGUCAUUCACCGGCUCCCACCUCCUGAGGACUUAAUCAGUUUUUAUGUUUAUCGUGAACAGUGGAUUGUCUUAUCUUACCAGUUUGUUAAAAUCCUGUGUUCUGCUUUGUUCUGUUUUCGCAUGUUGACAAAUUCUCUUGUAAUACUGUAAGUCCUCAUGAACUUUGUAAUAAAAUCACUUCAGGGAAAAUAUGAA